AGCUGCUAGCUCCUCUAUGGUCACAAAGUCGCGAGGUUUCUCGGGCUAAAAGGCGACUCAAGGCGGCAUCCAGCACCAUGAAUUCACUGAUAGCAGUUCCUGCCAGUCAGGCCUGAAACCUUGGCCCCGGGAGCAGCCAGGAGCCCUUCCGGAUCUUUGUCUUCAAACUGCUGAGCCAUUCCACAUCUGGAGCAGUCAGGCAGGUGACAAGUGAGGGUACCCUCCACCAAGACCGGAAAAAUGGCAUCUGGACAGGGACCAGGUCCUCCCAAGGGGGACUGCGAUGAGGCCCUGUCUGCUUCUGAACAGCAAGUUGCCCAGGACACAGAGGAGGUCUUUCGAAGCUACGUUUUUUACCUCCACCAGCAGGAACAAGAGACCCAGGGGGCAGCCGCCCCUGCUAACCCUGAGAUGGACAACUUGUCCCUAGAACCCAACAGUGUCUUGGGUCAGGUGGGUCGGCAGCUUGCUCUCAUCGGAGACGAUAUUAAUCGGCGCUACGACACGGAGUUCCAGAAUUUACUGGAACAGCUUCAGCCCACCGCUGGGAAUGCCUACGAACUCUUCACCAAGAUCGCCUCCAGCCUAUUUAAGAGCGGCAUCAGCUGGGGCCGUGUGGUGGCUCUCCUGGGCUUUGGCUACCGUCUGGCCCUGUAUGUCUACCAGCGUGGUUUGACCGGCUUCCUGGGCCAGGUGACCUGCUUUUUGGCUGAUAUCAUACUACACCAUUACAUUGCCAGAUGGAUUGCACAGAGAGGUGGUUGGGUGGCAGCCCUGAGUUUGCGUAGAGACCCCAUCCUGAGCGUAGUGGUAAUUUUUGGUGUGGUUCUGUUGGGCCAAUUUGUGGUACACAGAUUCUUCAGAUCAUGACUGCCCCGGGAGCUCCAGCCACAUGCCUGCCUGGACUAAACCUCUCCCCAACCCACUCCCCUGCAACAGUCCUCUCCUGCCUCUCAGGGCAAAGAUGCUUUAGCAAAUAGGCACCCCUGCUUUGGAGAGCCACAGCCCGGGGGUCAUGGAGGCAGCAUGACCACUCCAACAUCGCAUGGUGCUACUGAACCCCAUCCUGUCUCAGAGGGGCUGACAGAUGCUCUGGGGGGGGACAAGAGGCUGGGCCACCGCUUCCCAGAAAGUUAGUUUUGGUUUUAUACUCCCCUCUGGAUACAAUCCUCCCUUUUCAUCCGCUCUGCCCAAAGUCAGAACAUUGGGGACCAGUGGCUCUAACCUGCCUUCCCAGCACGCCUGCUACUUUGGAAGGUCGGAAGGGACCUAAGCACAGUCCUGACCCUCCCUACAUAGGACCAGCUGUAGGGGUGUGUGAUCUACCCUGCCCUCCCACCUCAUCUUCCACUAUCCCCUCCUUUAUCCCCCCUCCUUCUCCCCUCCCCUCCCCCGAUCCAUUUUUGCCUUUGCGGCUGGACUCUCAGGGAUUCCGAGCCCAGAGUGAGGGCAGAGGUGAGAGCUCAGACCACAGCUGUCUGAACACGUCCAUCAAGGCCCUCCAAACCCCGAGUGCCUCCCUGACCACUGCUACCAACCUAGUGGGUAAGGGAAGACCCUCACCUUCUCCCCAGUGCCUCCCUGCUGGGGAGGGCGGUCACUCUGACAGGGGAAGGGGUGGGCAUUCAGUGGGAGGUGCUCACGCUAGAGAACUACACCAGCAAAAGCAACUGUGGAUCUGGUUGCAAUGUGACCCCCCCUAAACCUGCGAAUACUUGAACCCCACCUUCACCCAUGCUCCUGUAAUGCCUAGGUCCUCCUCGGGUGGGGUGGGGGGUGUUUUUCUCUGUCUUGCACAACAUAGGGGUGAGAAAAGUCUUGAUUAAGCCAAAUGUAGCAAGGGUGGGGGGAGGCAGAUGGAUUCCCCCACCUCGACCUCUGUGUCUGGAAAUAAACGGUGCAAUGCCCCCAACACCCCA